AUGGACUCUUCGCCCUAUGUUCCCUACCAGGCAUACAAGUCAAAGAGACAUUCUAGGCACAACUCGUCCAACCCGCAAUCCGCUGCCCCUCAGCUGCGACCCCAGGCUCUCGUUGUCAAUGGUCAUUCAAGGAGUGGAUCCGUCGUGUCCCAGCAGGGGGACGGCUCGUCGCCGCUCGAGAAGCGCUGGUAUGGCAUGCCUAUUGACCCGUCGGUGAUUGUGAGACCCGCCUCGUCAGCGGGUGUAUCAUCUCAGCACGGCCGCCGUCUCUCUUUCCCCGCGAAUGGCUCAGCGACUUCGUCUGGCCAGACUUCUCCAUCUGAGGCUCCAUCGUCACCACAGCAGUCUGAUUACUCUGUUCCACCAAGAGUUAUUCCUUCACCAUCUACACCGGCGAUAUCCCGCUCCACGAACGGAAAGAGAGUUGCACACGUAUCUUCACCUGUCGCCGGGCCUUCUUCAUCCUCAGCUGCAUCGUCGGAUAAAUCACUGUCUACGGCGAGGAAGACAUCGACGUUCCGCCACGUCCCGCUGCGCGCUGCCACCACACGCAUGCCUCUCACGUCCUCGCCCUUGCGUCCCACGGAUGCACACUCUCGCACGGCCUCCACGGCCUCCACCGUUUCUCGCCAACUGGACCAACCGAUCCCUAGCCAGUCCUCCAGCCGUAUCUCCUCAACCGUCGCCUCACCUACAGUCGGACCGCACGAAAGGGCGCUGCCCUCGAUACCCUCGCUCGAGCCCGACCAGCCAUCUUCGUCCCAACCUCCUUCGUCGCACUCCAAUCAGCCGCAUCCAUCCAUCUUCGCGCCUUCCCCUAACCAUGUCAUUCCCCCACCACGCAGCUCUUCGCUGAUGCCGUCUCCGAAACCACGUGGUGCACCGCUUCCGCCAAUACCGACCCCUUCUCCUGGCCAAACGCCCUCCCCCGCUCCACCCACAUCUGUGACCAUCGCGAAGACCCGUGCCUCCGCGCGGUCGUCGGCGCCCUAUCGACCUGGUUUUCAACCGAAAGGCGUGUACCGCCCGCGCACGGAUGACUUCUUGGAAGUCCGCAAGGUCGCCCGCGAAGUCGGCCGGAUCGAGCGCACGCGGCUCGAGCGGCGACUCGAGAAGCUCAUCAGCCUGCACUUCCCCUCAGAGGCACAGAAGCAGAAAGAGGAGAUGACGCAGGCGGUCGUGCGCCCGGCAAAGAGCAACCGGCGCUUGUCCUCGAUCUUCGAGUUCGACAUAUCUAAUCUGAAGGGUAAGAACGCGAGCGACUUGUGGAAGGAGAUGAUGCAGGCUCAGGCGCCGCCGGGUGCCAAGGGAGAUAUACGAGAUGCGGAGAAGACUAUUACACCGUGGGAGGAUGACGCGUCCGUGUCGCAAUGCCCGCUGUGCUCUGCCUCAUUUCACCCGCUCACCAACCGCAAGCACCAUUGCCGUCUCUGUGGCCGUAUUAUCUGUUCACUGCCGGUGAAGUACCCUCAACGUCCUCAGACAUGCUCGCUGUUAUUCAUCGCCGACCCAAAUACCGGACGAGUCGAGGAGGUAGGCGAGGGCGUCGAUUAUGGCGUGCGAAGGCACAGCACCACUCCUCCUGAGAGGGGGAGGCGGAAAGACGACAUGCUCAGCGAGGACGAGAAGUUCUUGAAGGGUGUGAGGAUCUGUCGGGAUUGUCGGCCAGUCUUGCUACAUCAGCAGUACAAGCACGAAGUGCGGGAGGUACCUCUCUUCGCCAAGCUCUAUUCUGCCUUCAUGAACCUCGAGAAAGAGAUAGAAGAUUCAUUACCCCAGUUUCAGGAGCUGAUGCUUAGCCUCAGUAAACACGAGCGUCCCACACCCGAGGCGACUGCUGCUAGAAAGCGCCUACUGGAUGCCUUUGGCCAAUACGAUGUCCUUGCCAAGCGGAUACGUCAGCUCCCUCCUCCUGGCGGUCCCGGUAGCUCGCAGGAUCGCAUACAGCAGGCAAUCCUAGCACGAGCCAAUCUCUUCCUGCAGAAACAUAUGUUCCCGCUUCAGGCCUUGCCGAAACCGCAGAAAGCCGCGAGCCCCCAAGCGACCCCACAAGACCGUGAGGAGCAAGUUAUAGAUCCUGAUUCAGAGGUUGCCCACGUCUUGCAGCCGCUACUUGAGCAGGAAGCGUUGCUUGAGACUUUCGUUGAGGAAGCGAAGGCGCAUAGAAAGUUUGAGGACGCCAAGACCUUGAAAGCCAACCUUAGGGAGAUUCGGGCUGAGAUCGAGAGGAUCCUGGUCAACGCGGAAAGCGGCGACGACCAUGCCAGAGCACGGAAGACAAGGGGGAGAGACUCAUGA